AUGUUAAGAGUUUCCCGCUCUUGUUCCCAUCUUAGAAAAGUGCAGAAAAGAAAGGUUGGUGCUGUUAAGAAGUGGCAAAAAUCUGAUCCUCAAGGCUCGUUCGAAACAUGGAAGAAGUUGUCGGAAGCAAAUUCAGCACUUGAAAUGCACCUCAACAACUUAAGCCAAUUUUCAGAAACAAAUUCUGAUGCUUAUAGAAUAACCAUUGACAAAUGCAGCAAACUUACGUCUGAAAAGUGGGCAGAGGGAGCUGUGGGGCCAUACCAAAUAGAAGUGAUUAAAGCACUCUUAGGAGCUAGAUAUUCCAUGUUGUCAAUCCGGACUACUAUGCGCAAGAUGGGCGAGGCUGCCGAAAUUCCCAUAGAGCCCGAAUCACAAACCAGUCUGCUAGAUACCACGAUGAAUACAAAAGGAGUUCUAUUGGCUGGUAUUCCUGGUGCAGGUGGAUUUGACGCGGUGUUUGCCAUUACCUUGGGAGCUUCAAGCAGCAAUGUCGUGAAGGUCUGGAGUUCGCUCAAUGUUCUGGCCUUGCUAGUGAGAGAAAAUCCACGUGGCGUUCAUCUAGAGGCCAACGAUCCACGAACUACCAAGAUUACUAACUCGGUUUCUAACAUUCAUAUUGGGUAA